GGGGGUUGAUAGGUACGGCGAAGUAGUUUUUGUUUUUCUUUGUCGAAAUUUGGGGGAAACUACAAUUGGGCUGUCAAAAGAUUGGCUAUUCGAAUGUUCGUUUUGAUUACUUUUUGUAGUUUUCUUCACAAGCGAGUGUAACACUUACAUACUUGUAAUGUGUUUACGAUUUAGACAAGAAAUAAAGGGAUGGCUGUUAAAUCAGGUGUUGUUUUUAUUAGUAUAAAACCGAAAUAAAGCUACUAAAUAGUUAAAAAUAGUCAAAAAUUUGCCAACAAUAUAAUAAUUUCAAUUCAAAACAAUAAACAAUAUUUAUGAGUUUCUUUGUAAUGCCUAUUUUCAUUAUCAGUCUUAUACUGUUUGAUUGUUUCUUCGGACAAUUGAGCGACCAAAAAUAAAAGUCGCAACGACAGAACAUGCUUCCUAAAACCCGUUUCAAAUAUAUUUAGAAUAUAAAAACCGGAUAUGAACUUCAAGCAUAAAAAUCGGACUGGGACAUUCCUUUGUAAGAGUCGUCUAAAAAAACUUUCAGUAAAAAACCCGGAAAGAAAAAAAUCCGAUUCUUACAAAGUAGUUUUUGUUAGCCGACUUUUAAUCUUGAACAUCAAGAUAUACGGAUGCUCCUACGAGCGAUUUAUCUAUUUUUAAACGAUUUUUAUACUGGAGGUUCAUCCUAGCCGAGUUUUACGGGUUAGAACUUUUUAAGCGAUUCUUAUGCUGAAGGAUUUCUGUCCGAUUUUUAUGCUUGAAGUUUAUUUCCGAUUUUUAUAUACUUAUAUGUUUGAAAUGGGUUUUGCGAAGCAUGUUAUAUCCUUGCGACUUUUAAUUUCGGUCGCUCAAUUGUGACUAUCAUUCUUAAUGGCAACAAAUUAUUGUAAUGCCGAAUAAAAGGUCAAACAGAAUGCCUCGCAACAUCAGGUCCUGUUUUGAAAGCCUUAACGUCGCCUCGCUCGCUAGCGACAGCAACACAUGGUUUGAUGGACUUUCCAAACCGAGCUUUGAAGAUCUGUUAGUGACGGAGCAUUCCGUUUGACCCUGAAGGCCGUAGACUAAUCGAAAUAAUAAGGACAAAAACAAUUGCAGCGUUAACCGCAAACAUAACCUUAACAUCAGUUUUGUUGUAUUGAAUAUACUUCCCAUAAACGCAUAAGAGUCCCAUGUGGAUUUUUGUCGAAAAAGAGUUAUCCGUUGGAUUGUAUUCUGUAUCACCACUGAAUCACACUGCGCAAAUAAGAUUACCGGGUUUGUUCAGAAAAUAUCAAAAAAAAUACCAAAACAUGGUUGUCCCAUCCAUUUGGCUCAAUGGAUGCCCGAAUAGAAAUGUACAGUAACAAAACCUUGAUUUUCACUGUGACAGUACAGUAUUUUUACAAUAAUUUACAGUAAGUUUUAGUGUUAUGCUACAAUACAAAAACAAUAAACUUUCACGUUUUUAUAGUAAAUUUCAAUGUAAAAUAGACUUUUACAGUGAAAAAGGGGGGUGGUUAUGUAUCUUAACAUUAAAAAAAUCAGUCUUUCUCCAUACAUUUUUUUCUCGAAAACAGUAAAAUUUGAUGUGAAUGCACUGUAUCAGUUUUUUGCUGACCAGUGAAAUUUAUUGUUGCAUGAAAUUUUAUUGUAAAUCUACUGUGAGAACUUGGCAUCGAACAAUGUUGAAACAGUAAUAACUAUAAUAUUUAUUAUUUUAUGAUUGUUUGUAGGGUAAAUGCUAUUGUAAAAUUCUAUCCGGGUGGGACAAUCUUGAACAGCGUUUUUCUCGGCUUGCUGUUUUUCAACAUGGGACUCUUAUGCUGUUAUGGGCAGUAUACCGCGCAAUGCUUUUUUAAGUUGUAAAUAUUCUAUUUAAAUUCCACAAUUAACUUAUUUUAGGCGAAAUCGAUUUGAUUCGUAGGUUUCUUGAGGAAAUUAAGGGGACCUUCUCCUGGAUACGACGGAAAAUUAAGCAAUAUUUGAGAUUUUUUUGUGAAAAAACGAAGACACGAACUUCUGCUUUUGAUUUUUUAUUCGUUAUUUAUCGAAAUAUCGAAAAUCCAAAAUGGCGAACCUUGUCGGUGCAACAUUGUCCUACUUUGUCAAGUGCAGGGCCUCUCGUAGUUAAUUGAAAUAAGAAAUGAAUAGGGGAACCCGGGGCUAUUCGGACCUUGACCUUGACAAGCAAACUGAAAAUAAUCAGAGAUGUGAACAGAAGCAUUUACACUACUAUCGUCUUCUUUGUAUAGUUUUGGACGUCUGUCAGUCGGUCCAACUAACGAAUCAAAUUCGUUUGUUGGACAUAGGCUGUGGCCAACCAACAAAUCACGACUGUACUCGUUCCCCCUUCCAUCAAACGAUAUUCUUUGCUCUCGAUUCGUGCACAUUCCACACAAAAUAAAAUACCGAAAUGUUUUCCUUAGAAAGAACUAUUGUCCAGGAAACAUGUAGAACAAAUUGCAGAAUCUAAUACAGGUGUGCUUCGAGAGACAUUGGGCAACAAUCAUCGCCCCUUCCUAGGAUUCAAAAGAAUGAAACAGAUCUACUCAAACAAAGGAAUUGAUUCCUUCUUUCAAACAUGAGCAGUUCAUUGAAUCUUCAUGAAAAUGACUCUACAUCUGCCCAGUAUACAUUUGAAGAAUUGUCUCAACUUUUGAGCAAGACUAUCCUGUUCGACAUAAAGUCUUUUGGCACAACAUCGUCUGACAUGAGACAUUAUAUGGUAGUUGGCCAUUUGACCUAACAGUCGUGUAGCAUAAGCACAGACAAGCAGACAUAACACUAUGAUUAAUUCCUUAAAAAUAUCGAUCCGCCAAACACAAUACAUGCUUCUAACCACUCGUUUACAAAUUAGUUAACCCUCAGACCCAGGAACUUUUUAUACUAGUGGUCUAUCCCGUAUACUUGCGCAUAUAUCAGUGGCGCUAUAUAUCGAUUAUAAUCGUAAAUGCUAUUACUGUCCCAACUAAAUAUAUAUGCAAAAUGACCGCUAACAUUAGCGAAGAAUUGUUGUCGAGUAUUAUAUCUGUUAGUCUGUGGUAUAAGUACCAUUUGGCAUAAGGCAUGAAAAUAUUUUCGAAUGUAUUUCGGGUAGAUCGUACAUUUGCGUACGAAAAAUUUCCAAUGCAAAAGAAAGAUAAAUCUUGGCAAACGUAUGAUUUCGGCGUUAAAGCCAACUGUCAAAAUUCACUUUUAGCGGAAAUUCUGGACGAACCGUUACUCUCCAACCACAGAUGUUGGUAGUAAACAAAAGAUAAAUGUUUUCUUUUUCAUUUAAUGCUGUAAACUGUGCUGUCAUAUGUUUGUCGAGAAAUGCGAGAAAUGCUCUGAACCGUUUCUGAAAAUGAGCAUUCAUUUCGAUUUUAAUAUAGAUUCAAGGAAAGUAUGUUUGAAUAAACCGGUCAGACGAAAAUAUGACAAAUUUGCGUGCAAGAGUUAUUUGGCAUACAAAAACUGCUCAUGAUUGAAAUAAGGAACCAAUCCCUAUGAUCGAGUAAACCGGUUAUACGAGUGGAUCAGAUCAGAUUUGCUUGCGAGAGGCAGCCACAUUCGGCGGCAUGGCCUCAGUAGCUCCACACCGCAUCAGUUCCUUGAACAUUAAUUUUUCUGGGAAAUGGGGCAUUCUGGGGUAUGAUUUUUUGGGGAAUGGAGCAUUCUGGAUAAUGGCUUUCUAGGAAAUGAUACAUUCUGGGCAAUGUCUUUCUAGGGAACGGUACAUACUGAGGGAUGGAAUUCUGGAGAUUGGCUUUCUGGGGAUUGGCUUUCUGGGAAAUGGCUUUCUGGGGAAUGGUUUACAACCAAAAACACAAAAAAUUAGAUUCGGCUGUCAAAAUUAAUGUUUUAGAAUAGCGGUUCCACGAAUAUGUACGACAGUCAGAAAAUCUUACGAUUUUUUGAGAAAUCGAGGAGGUCCGAAUUACCCCCACUGUCUUAAUAGCAUCGGGUUCCCCUAUAAUUUAGUAAAAUAGAUAAAAGUUCCUAUGACUUUUACCUAAUUUCAAAAAAAUUUGAUGAAGAAAAACUAGUUUAAUAGACCCUAAAAAACAGAAAUUUCUCUCUUUUUUACUGUGAUCUCGUUCAAAAAUUAUAAAUAAUUAAUUUUCAUGCCUAUGUUUGGCAUAAGCCAGAUAAAGUAUGUACAGUCUUGAUUCGCUGGACACUUUAACUGGACCGCUUUUUAGUUGGACCUCCGCUAGUUUGACCAUUGUCCAACUAAAAUCAUCUGAAUGUCACAAUCUUAUGUCAAAUUUACUUUGACAAUCAAUCUGACAAUUAUUAGAGAUGUGAAUAGAUGCAAUUACACUACUAACGUCUCCUUUGGAGAGUUUUUGACAUCUGUCAGUCGGUCCAACUAACGAAUCAAAUUUAACCAGCGAAUCGCGACUGUACUUCCAUACAUUUUUUAAAUAUUGUGGUUAUCACUGGCAAUUAGCAAAAAUAGCGAAAAAACAAGAUAGCGACAAGAUCACGACAAGAUUGCGAAACCGCUAUUUUUAAGAUUUAACCUCUUCAAUUCCGCAAUGCUACGAAAAUAUUAUUUGAAUUGAUUUUUAUAUGAAGUGGUCGAGCGACUAUUGUUCUUGAACCAAGGAAAAACUUAGGGGGAUGCAAACGAAUCGAGUUAGGAAUCAAAAAGGUACACUAAACAAUACAUAAAAUGGGUACCAAAAAAUUGUAACAAAUAAUUUCCAAUUUUCGCUCAACAGGUAGUGAAGGGGUGAAUAAAUCCAUGAACUGUCAAUUCAUGACUGUUCGAUUCCCGACCAGUAGGGCCUAUAUAUUGCUAGAUGUUCGUUCUGAACUGGGCGGAUGGGGCUAACAGGGUAUAUUUUCAAUUCUUUCGCUAUUUUGAAUUGAUUCCGUCGCAUGCUAUUGUGCUUUUCACCGAAGAUUCAGUAAUAAAUAUACUGAUCAACCAGCAACUCGUCAAACGUUAGUGGAUCACUUGUUAAAACACACCGAGCCGUAUUGUAAACUAUGUAGACCGCCAUUUUCGUUUACAACAUCAAACUUUUGGGUUGGUCAGCUCCGCUAUCAAUAAAUUUGUAGAAGGAUUCUCCACAAAUUUUAUUAAUUUUUGAUGAGGAAACUGUGAUGGAAAUGAAUAACAGGUAUGGCUAGUGGAAAAAAAACAUUACAUUAUUAUUUGUUGCUUAAUUGUGUAUUCUAGGCAUCCUAGAAGCGAGAACUCGGAAGCUCCCACGAUGAAUUACGAAAUUUUUCGUUUUUCCAGUUUUGAGAGUGAAUUCACAAUUUUCAUGACUCAUCCAACCACCAAUUAAGAGCAUUUUUACAAAAAAAUGCAGUUUUUUGCAAGACUGGACUUUUUUCACCUCAGAUCCAAUUUCCAAUUUUAUCUUUUUUAUCGCCCUCCAAUUUCUAAGAAAAGGUCAAAUUCAUUGAUUUAUGCUUGUCAUUGAGGCUUUUACCAAUCGCAGUUGUAGUACUUGACGAUUAAUUCAGUUAUUCCUAAACGUCACAAAGUACAGACACAACAGUAUUUUGAAAACUGAAUCCUCGUUACAUUUUACCGACAAGUACAGCAAAAAUUGACAGCUCAAACAAACGUUUGUUUAACUGAACGUUCGUCAAAUAAUAAAAUUACCGAACUAAUUGCGGAGUGUUCAGCUGUGUAAAAGUCGGUAAAAAAUGCGGGGUUCGGUGAAGAAAAGCUAAGUUUGUGGUUUCCAAAAAAACGCCAUUUUGAAGCCGCCAUUUUGAAUUUUCGAAAAAAAAAAUCAUUUCCUAAUUAUCGAUAAAUAAAUAGAAGAUCGAAAGCAGAAGUUCGUAUGUUUUUUCAUUUUUCCAAAUCUCAAAUAUUGCUUUGAUUUUCCAUCUAAUCCAGGAGCAGGUCCCCUUAAACGGCAAAUGACAGUAACCAGCAAUUUAAACUGUUAUCUUCUGUUUUUGGAUACAGAAAGAAUCACAAAUGACUAAUUAUUUAUUCAAAAAAAUUUGAAAAAAAACUUGUAAAUAGAGAAUUCAUUAAACAUGCUAAAGCGAUGUUAUAAAUCAAACCAAUAAAUCAAACAUUGAACAUAGCUAAACACUAAAAAUAAUAAUUGCAUUAAUACUCUUUAAAAGCAUCAAAUUAAAUGUGAUAAAUAUUAAAAGAUUUAAAAGACUAACAGUAACAGAUAGGCGUAAUCACAAAUAUUUGAAAGAAACUAGGUUAAUGCACUUAUGAUGACUUGUGGACUUCCCAAGCUCCGCCUCACCACCCGAACGAAAUGUCCGCAACCACAGAAACUUUGGAGAAACUGGGAUUACCACUGAAAACAGCACCGUGGGAUCCGCGGUUUCCCAACUCGAACCAGACUAAAUACUGCUAUCAAAGCUAUCUGGACUUCCAUCGCUGCGAGCGGAUCAAGGGCGAAGGCCACAGCGUGUGCCAGUACUUCAAGGAUGUGUUCCAAGAUAUGUGCCCGAACGAGUGGGUCGAGAAAUGGGACGGUCAACGUGCGGCGGGCACAUUCCCGGGAAAGAUUUAAAUGUGGCUUGAGCUCGGAAAAUAAGAAGGCAUUUGAAAAUAUAGAACUCCGUUAAAAUUAA